UUCCACAGUUAUAACUAUACUCCAAAGAAAUGAAUGUUGUACAGAAAAUAGAGAUAGUUCAAUGUAUUUUUUCAAUCUUGAUAGCAAAUGUAGGGACACUAUUGAAACUCCUGAUAGAGAGGGAUGGAACAUCUAGCACGUUGGAGGGAUUACCAAAUGUAUCCUGGACACUACCGAUUACUAUGUAUACACCUUUUUGGACAGUGUGUUACAGCCUUGACGGCAUUGCUUCAUUUUUGAUACUUAAAACUGCAUGUUCCUACGGAAAGUUUGAUGGUGUAUCUGGUUUCAUUUUAUAUGGAUUCACCUUAGCAGCUUGUUGGUCAUGGUCAAUUGUUUUGUUUAUAGAAAAAAUGACAGGACUGGCAUGGCUCUUAGUACUAAUUGCAUCGAUAACAUCUCUGGGAGUAAAUCUCACUUUUUGGAUUAUCAAUCGCGUUGCUGGCUAUCUGUCAGUACCUGCCACAAUAUGGAUCCUUUUUCUAUUCAUUUGGAAUACAACUUUAUCAAAUAAGCAAAUGUAAAGAUUUAUAUUUUACUGGGAAUACCGUCAUCAAGAAAUGUUGAAACAAACAUUAUUCAUUAAAAAUUAUGAAAGAAAGAAAUGAAAGAACAGGGGUAAAGCAAUCAGAAGAAUGAGUUUUUUUUAUACUCAUACAAAUUAUAAUUUAUAAUGUUCACUUUCUCCCUCUUAGCAGAUAUUUCAUCAUAAUUUGAUUGAAAUUUUUAAAUUAUUAUCAUGGUUAAUUGAUAAGUUUUCAUACAGAAAAAAACAAGAGGAAUUCAAUGCACCUUCUAUAGAAUAUUGCUAGAAAGGUUAUAUUUAUAUUAUAAAACAGCCUAACACUCCUUUUAUUGAAUUGUAAAGUUUCUAUAACCCUUCGAUAUUACAUAAUUAUAAUGCAAAUGGAAUAAUCAAAUUUCAAACCAGUUCAAUUUUUCAACUGGGAAAAGGGUUUUCAGUAGGUACAAAUAAUUGUAUUUUCGAAAUCUCAAUAAAAUUGUCAAUAAUUUUCUUUAUAAAUAUAAAGUUAUUCCGGAACGGGAGUUUCCAAUAUAAUAAACAAGAUGCGGAUUUUGAAAAAUAUUACAAAAUCACUGAACUCAGUUUUAUAGCAAUGUUUUCAUUUUGCUAAUUAUCUCAUUAUAAAGUAGAACUUCAUGUGAUAAUAGUUGUAAGUUCAUUAAGUCAUAUAAUAAUGAGAUCUACACUUAUCCUACAAGAAACGUGAACAAUUUCCAUAUAGCUCGAACUUGAAAUGUAAGCUCAAUGAAGACAUUUUUUUUUAUUGAUUUGGUAGUUACUUGAUGAAAAUCCAUAGUAAUUUCGAAAACUACACCUCAU